GAUUGCACCACUGCACUCCGGUCUGGGUCUGGCUGGACCUGUGUCAAACAAAAAACAGAAACACUAGAGAGACAAAAGGCGAGGGCAGGCGGCUGCCGGAAAGCUGGAGCCCGGCGGGGUUGAGGUUACUUCCAGCCGCCCCGGGGCUGGCCUCGCUGCCGUCAAGCGGCCCGGGCGCGCUUUGCGACAGUCGGUGGGGCCUGGCACCGGCGCAGGUUCGCUUUCCGGCGGUUGCGGGGGGCCGGGGCGCCAGCGCCCGCCUUCCCGUUCCCUCCGGUUGCGCGGCGCGCCCACGGCCUGUGACCCCGGCGACCGCUCCUCAGUGACAAGAGAGCGGGGCCGGGCGCGGCUCCGGCCUGACCUGCGAAGGGACCUCGGUCCAGUCCCCUGUUGCGCCGCGCCUCCCGUCCGUCCGUGCGCGGGCCAGUCAGGGGCCAGUGUCUCGAGCGGUCGAGGUCGCAGACCUAGAGGCGCCCCACAGGCCGGCCCGGGACGCGGGGAGCGCCGGCCGCGGGCCAGGUGGGGAUGCCCCUGCACGUGAAGUGGCCGUUCCCCGCGGUGCCGCCGCUCACCUGGACCCUGGCCAGCAGCGUCGUCAUGGGCUUGGUGGGCACCUACAGCUGCUUCUGGACCAAGUAUAUGAACCACCUGACCGUGCACAACAAGGAGGUGCUGUACGAGCUCAUCGAGAACCGAGGCCCGGCCACGCCCCUCAUCACCGUGUCCAAUCACCAGUCCUGCAUGGACGACCCUCAUCUCUGGGGGAUCCUGAAACUCCGCCACAUCUGGAACCUGAAGUUGAUGCGUUGGACCCCUGCAGCUGCAGACAUCUGCUUCACCAAGGAGCUGCACUCCCACUUCUUCAGCUUGGGCAAGUGUGUGCCUGUGUGCCGAGGAGCAGAAUUUUUCCAAGCAGAGAAUGAGGAGAAAGGUGUUCUAGACACAGGCAGGCACAUGCCAGGUGCUGGAGAGAGAAGAGAGAAAGGAGAUGGCGUCUACCAGAAGGGGAUGGACUUCAUUUUGGAGAAACUCAACCAUGGGGACUGGGUGCAUAUCUUCCCAGAAGGGAAAGUGAACAUGAGUUCUGAGUUCCUGCGCUUCAAGUGGGGAAUCGGGCGCCUGAUUGCUGAGUGUCAUCUCAACCCCAUCAUCCUGCCCCUGUGGCAUGUUGGAAUGAAUGACGUCCUUCCUAACAGUCCGCCCUACUUCCCCCGCUUUGGACAGAAAAUCACUGUGCUGAUCGGGAAGCCCUUCAGUGCCCUUCCUGUACUCGAGCGGCUCCGGGCAGAGAACAAGUCAGCUGUGGAGAUGCGCAAAGCCCUGACAGACUUCAUUCAAGAGGAAUUUCAGCGUCUGAAGACUCAGGCAGAGCAGCUCCACAACCACCUCCAGCCUGGGAGAUAGGCCCCGCCUGGCCAGCCCCUGACCUUGCCUCCUCUGGGCCCUGAGGGAGCAGGCAGGGCUGAGGCUGGAGGAAGAGGCGGCACCAGGGUCCAGGCCCAACGGGGCUGGCUGUCCUUGCUUGCUGCCUUCUGGAUACUUGGCCUGCACAGAGCUGGGGCUGAGGGAUGGACUGAUGCUUUUAGCUCAAAUGUGGUUUUUAGACAGAUUUGUUCAUAGACCCUCUCAAGUGCCCUCUCCGAGCUGGUAGGCAUUCCAGCUCCUCCAUGCUUCCUCGGUUAAACGAAGGACCUCAGCUGCUUCUCCCACUUGGCCAAGCAGGGAGGAAGAAGCUUAGGCAGGGCCCUCCUUCCUUCUUGCCUUCAGGUGUUCUCUCCCAGGGGCUGGCGUCAGGAGGAAGCAUAGAAGGCAGGUGAGCAAGCAGUUGGCUGGGGGCUCACCAGAGCUGUGGAGAGGGGACCCUAAGACCCCUCAGCCUGGCUCCUACCCCCAACCCUUGCUGAACCAGGAGCUGCUCACUACCUCCUCAGGGAUGGCCGCUGGCCACGUCUUCCUUCUGCCUGAGCUUCCCCUGCCACAGGCCCUUUCCUCAGGCAAGGUCUGGCCUCAGGUGGGAAGAGCAGCCCUUGGCCAGAAGUCAAGCCCAGCCACGUGGAGCCUAGAGCGAGGGCCUGAGGUCUGGCUGCUUGCACCCAUGCUGGGGCCACCGACUUCUCCAUCCUUUCUGCUUCUCAACAUCACUUGAGUCCUGGGGCCUGAGUUUUCAUGUUUUUGAAACAGAACCAUAAAGCAUAUGUGUUGGCUUGUCGUA